AAUAUCACACAAAGAAACACACAACUUUUAUUUAUUAUUCAAAUUGCUGCAUUAAACUAAGGUUCUUAUGAUUUAGGAACACAAAGACAUUGUCAAUUCUCUUCAGCUUCGAGCUGUUUCAACUUUUGUUAUGUUCGGAUGCGAUUUUGAUACAAGGGAGAAAUGGGGUAACACCAAUCUUAUCAUCUUUCAACAACAUCUCUUCAAUACAAACCAGAAUCCCUUUUCAAAUAACUUUCUGUCCCUUUAUCUCUUCUGAUCACUGCAACUUCUUGUUGCUCUUUCAAGGGAUUUUAAUAUUUGUUUUGAACCAGCUCAACAACAACAACAAAUGGAUAAAGGUUGUGGUAUGGAAGAGAGUGUUGAUUUGAGAAAUGGUGUGGAAUUGGCAACAUCAGUCUCUGAUAAGCAUCUUGAUCUUCUGAGGCCAUCUGCCAGAAAUUAUUCAAUUUUUAGAGGUCAAGCAAUGGAAGGUGGAGACCCUGAAAAGGGCACCUAUACCUUAAUCAGAGGUCCUGAGGACUUCCAAACAGGACUUUAUGACAGACCCCUUCCAUGUUAUGGUUGUGGAAUUGGAUGGUUCUCAUUUCUUUUGGGAUUUCUGUGUCCACCUCUGUGGUAUUAUGCCACGAUCCUUUACUUUGGAAACUAUUACAGAAAGGAUCCUAGGGAAAGGGCAGGAUUAGGAGCUUCUGCAAUUGCUGCACUAAUAUUCACAGUAGCAUUGCUGAUCAUAGGAACUAUUCUUCAUUUACGCUCACCCUGAUGCCAGUUCCAGUAAUAAAGUAUGAAGAAAAAUACAUAUCAGAAACAAUUGCAUGUGUAUAUAACCAAGUAUGAUGAAAAAAUAUGCUUGAAGAUCCUGCCUACUCUGUACCAUUAGAGAAGGAUGAGAAGUCACCCGUACUAGAUUUGCGUAUUAAGUGUAUACAAAAGAAAUCUUCACUUUCUUCUUACGAAUCUUACACAGAUUUUUGCAUUCAUGUUAUGAGAAUUUUGUUACUGAUUUUGCUAUAAUCAUAAGAGCACAUGUUAAAGAAUA